CACCGGUAACCCACAGGAAGUGAUGGAGUAUUUGUUCUCCUCACGCGCCCGGUGUUGUUCUCCUCCUGCUGGAGUACAGGUUAGAGUGGAGUGGUGACGGACUCGGUACCGGAUCUCUCUCUCUCUCUCUCUCUCUCUCUCUCUCUCUCUCUCUCUCUCUCUCUCUCUGAAGAUGAGUUUACAGGCGCUGCACGAGCCGCUCGGGAGGAUCGCCUCUGAGCCGGUCGAGGAUGUCGAUCCCAGCAGCUUCAUUACAGACACGUCUCGCUCUCUGAAGUCCAACUACCCCGUUCAAGUCACUGAUCCAGACGAUAACGUGACUCUACAGCUGAGCUCAGUGCCUCCGGGAUACCUCACACCUCCCAUGGACCGAAUACAGCAGCCUGUUGAAAAUGACGCAAGUGCAUUUAUCUGUCCAGGAUCCAUUACUCCAGAGUUCACCCAAGAUCUCCAGUGCUUGUCAAGCUCCUGCGAGAAGUGCCUCUGCUCCAUUCCACCUCCCAAAAUCAGCGACCUUCUGGACGAUGAGGACCUUCUCUACACGCUGAGAUUGAAGCUCGACCCUGCGCACUACACCGUCAAGAACUGGAAGAACUUUGCCAGUCGCUGGGGCAUGAGCUACGACGAGCUGAUGAUGCUGGAGCAGCGGACGCACGGCUCGACCUCCCACAGUCCCACUCAGGAGUUCCUGUUCCGCUACAGCCAGAAACCGGUGACGGAACUCACCAAGCUCUGCCAGUUCUACCAGCGUAUUGAUGUACUGCGGCUUCUUCAGCAGUGGGUGGAAAACGACUGGCCCUCACGGUGGAAGAGAGUACAUUAGUAAAAUAUAUAUA